AAAACUGCUUAAGUGUGUAUAGAUCUGAAGAAGAAGAACAAGAAAAAAACAAAACAGCAGCUUCACUAAAUUUUGUCUCCAGCCUCUCUUUGUCUGUGUCUGGCCCCUAACCUUAUGGACUAGAUUCCUCCUCAGGUGAAUUCUUCAGUGUGGGAUCCUUUUUUUGUUCUUUUGGGGUAUUUCUUUUCAGAUUUUUUUGUUCUGAUCAAGAUGCAGACACAGUUGGCGUGUAUGCUUCUCCUCUGUUUAACAUGUGGUGCACUUUGUACAGAUGUUGACCAGGAGCAGCGAGCGCUAGAAGAGGAACUACUCAGCAGUCUCUUCACUUCCAAGAUGAAACAGAAUAAGCAGAGUGCCCCCUAUUGGCGCGUGUCUCUGGCCAACCUCUGUAAGAUGCUGAGCGCCCUGCGCCAGGAGGCGUGGAGUGGCGAGGAGGAGGAUGGGGGUCUGAGGGAGGGGAGCCUCCAGCUGCUGGAUGAGAUGUACAACUUGCAACACAUCUGCCGAGUACUGCAGAGCCGGGAGGAGAGGCUACUCCAAGAUUCUCUAGAGUAUUCAGAGGAGAACAGCGACGCUCCACUGAAACGAAAGUCACCCUACAUAUUGAAGAGGCAAGUGGGGCACAUCACUAAGACUCGGCGGCCGUACAUCUUAAAACGAAGUACAUUUUACUGACACCCCAGAGACCGCAGCACCAUUUUAAGGGACCAGACCACAUAUUUUGUGUAAUUAUGUGAUUGUGUUUAUUUUCUGUCUUCUUGUAGAUGCAGUCUUUUUUUUUCCUGUUCCUUUUUAUCCAAUCAGACCCUUUGAUUGUAUGUCCAACAGAGAGGCCUGUCUUUAUCCUGCUCCUGAAAAUAAAAUCCUUAGCAUCAAAGAAAUAGAGUAUCUCUGAGAAACUGUAUUUAUGUAUGCUAUUUAUUCACUGCAAAAUAAAUCUAUUUUGUUUCAGAAAUUAAAGGAUUCAUGAUA